AUGAGCGACGCUGGUAUGAUAGCUGGAAGGAACCUCUUCUACAUGAGCCCAAAGGAACUCAAUGCGAUGCGUCGUCUUCGCCUCCAACAAACUACACAGACGUGCUCAAGAGUCCAGAGGGUCAAUGUAUCCACUGCGUUUGCCGUACUGGAAGAUGCCCCUGUCUCCCGGGACAAGACCAAUCUCUUCGUCAAUAAGCUGCCUGUAUAUAGGCAGACUCGAUUGAGGAUCUUGAAGAUGAUUUCGAAGCACGUACAGCAGGAAUUUCCUGUCAAAAAGGAUUCCAGCAAUGUGAUGGGCGCUGGCUUGAGACGCACUAGAUGUCCACGCUCCUGGGCCGCAUCUUCGUUGAAACAUUUCUAUGCAGGUACAAUCGACGAACAUCUCGCGUACCAGCGCCAUCCCCUGCAGCUUGAGGGUCGUCACUACAGAUCUCGGAACAACUCAUAUUCGGCAGUCCAUGUCAGUUCCUGUAAUUGA